ACAGAAAAAGAACAAAGAACAUGUUUUAUUCGAAGAACCAUUCCACAAACUCCCUUCAUUGUAAUUGUUACCGCUCUUCCUUCCCUUCCAUGUUUGGUCCUUAAGUAUGAAACCGCGUGAAGAAGAAGAAGACUUUGGUCAACAAUUAUCAACUAUUAUUUUAUUUUCCCUAAUCUAACUUCACCAGAUCCUUACUGCUCUUUGCCCUUCUCUCUAACUCUAAGCUCAUUCUCUCUUCUAUUCCUUUUUUUUUUGAUAAUAAACUCUCUUCUAAUUCCUUCAGAAUCAAAUUCUCACAACCUAUCAAAUCUCACCAAAAGUUUAUAUUUUUAUCAAAAAGAAGAAAACUUCUGCAUCUGCACUUUUUUCAUUUCACGACAGAGCUUCACCUUUGUCGGAGAUUUUACCUUCUCAGGCACACCUCCUAAUGUUGUCCAAGCAAAGUUUCAUUCUUUGUCUUGUUUUCUUCUCCAUCACAGCCUUUUCCGGCGACUCCAGAGCCCUCGCCGGGAACAAUGAGCAGAAGAAGAACAUCUCCGGCUUUUCCGGGUUUGACUUCCCGAAUCCGAUGCGCUUCGGUUCCGUUUCUUCUUCCACAAGCGACGACUGCGGUUUCUCAACCCCGGAGAAGAAACCCACCAAGGAAACGACCAGAGAAAACAAAAACAAGACGGUGAAGUUUCACUUAAAGCGCCGACAGGCAACGACCAAGCAAGAAACAGACAAGACAACAACAACAAAUCCAGUUCUUGAGCUCCAAAUCAAAGAUCUCACUAGAAUCCAGAUGCUUCACAUAAGAGUCUUGGAGAAAAAGAACCAAAACACUGUCUCCAAACCUCACAAACAGAACAAGAACAAGAAGAAGGAAGCUGUCACCUCUCCGGUGGUUUCUUCUCCGGUGGAGGAGGAGAAGCCUGGUCAGCUCGUGGCUACUCUCGAGUCCGGUAUGUCUCUCGGUUCAGGCGAGUACUUCAUGGACGUGUUGGUCGGUUCACCACCAAAACACUUCUCCUUGAUCCUCGACACAGGAAGCGACCUAAACUGGAUCCAAUGCUUACCCUGCUACGACUGUUUCCAGCAAAACGGUGCGUUUUACGACCCAACAGCCUCUACCUCUUUCAAGAACAUAACUUGCAACGACCCAAGAUGUAACCUAGUCUCCUCACCCGACCCUCCAAAGCCUUGUAAAUCAGAUAACCAACCGUGUCCUUAUUACUACUGGUACGGAGACAGCUCCAACACUACCGGAGACUUCGCCGUCGAGACUUUCACCGUUAACCUCACCACCAACGGAGGGAGCUCGGAGCUGUAUAACGUUGAGAACAUGAUGUUUGGUUGUGGUCAUUGGAAUAGAGGUCUCUUCCACGGUGCUGCAGGGUUGCUUGGUUUAGGGAGAGGCCCGCUCUCGUUCUCAUCUCAGCUUCAGUCUCUUUAUGGACACUCCUUCUCUUACUGCCUUGUAGAUAGAAACAGCGACGCAAACGUUAGCAGCAAGCUGAUAUUCGGUGAAGACAAGGACUUGCUAAGCCACCCGAAUCUGAACUUCACGUCCUUUGUCGCUGCGAAAGAGAAUCUCGUGGAAACGUUCUACUACGUGCAGAUCAAGUCCAUACUAGUCGCGGGGCAAGCGGUGAACAUACCUGAAGAAACAUGGAACAUCUCAUCGGACGGUGGUGGAGGAACCAUCAUUGAUUCGGGUACAACGUUGAGUUACUUUGCUGAGCCUGCUUAUGAGAUAAUCAAGAACAAGAUUGCUGAGGAAGUGAAAGGGAAGUACCCUGUGUAUAGAGACUUCCCGGUCUUAGACCCUUGCUUCAAUGUCUCUGGUGUAGAUAACGUUCAGCUUCCUGAGCUUGGGAUUGAGUUUGCAGACGGUGCGGUUUGGAACUUCCCGACAGAGAACUCUUACAUAUGGUUGAAUGAGGAUUUGGUCUGCUUGGCGAUUCUUGGAACUCCAAAGUCAGCGUUUUCCAUUAUUGGAAACUAUCAGCAGCAGAACUUUCAUGUACUGUAUGAUACCAAGAGGUCCAGGCUCGGGUUUGCACCCACAAAGUGUGCAGAUAUAUAGUAAACAUUCUUGUUGAUGUAUGCAGCAACUGUACACAAGAAAGGUAGCAACAAGGAAGAACAGAUUCUUUUUCUCUUUAGUAUUUUUUUCAUUCUUUAAGAUAAUUACUUUCCUUAAAUAAUGUAUUGCUGUAGAACAAAGUUCAUAUCUCUCUAAUGUACUGAUUCAACACUCAAUUUCUGAAUACAAGUGUGUUACUGUUGCUUG